UUUUUUUUUUCUUUUUUUCUUUUUUAUUUACCUCUAUUCAUGUUAUAUAAUAGUCGGUCAAUACCAUUUGAUAAAGAUGAUGAACAACAAGAAGGAUGUAAACUACUUGAUACAUUUGCUAUUUUUGUUCAGCUUUUAUUAGCCUGUGUUGCUUUCUCUACACUUAUCAUAAAACGACAACGAGAAAAGCCAAGAAGACCUCUACGCAUUUGGGGAUUUGAUAUCAGUAAACAAGUAGUUGGAGGAAUAGUCAUUCAUACACUGAACUUGGUUAUGUCAUACAUAUCUGGAUAUUCACUUGAGGAUAGUAGUCCGUCAAACCCAUGUGUCUGGUAUUGGUUAAAUAUAUUUGUAGAUACGACAUUAGGAACAGCUAUUAUAUGGGGAAUACUUCGUUUGGGACAAUUUAUAGCAAGACAAUGGGGAUUCUCAGGUUUUGAAAAUGGUGUAUAUGGAUCUACUUUUAGAAAACAAAUAGAACGAUGGUGGAAACAAUUAUUGAUGUAUGUAACAGCUUUGAUUAUGAUGAAAUUAUUGGUCCUUUUACUAUUUCGACUUUGUCCUUGGUUAGAAUGGUUUGGUGAAUGGGUUCUUGGUUGGACUUCGGGAAACUAUAAAAUUCAAGUAGUAUUUGUGAUGCUUAUUUUUCCAUUGAUCAUGAAUAUUGCUCAAUUUUGGAUAGUGGAUACAAUACUUAAACAUAACUCACAACAUACACCUAUUCAUUUGGAUGACGCUAUGGAUGAAGAUAUUCUGAUACCAAUCUAUGAUGAUGAGGAUGAUGAUUCUUUGGAUAAUAAUCAUCUUAAUCAAUAUGAUGAUGAUGAUGAUAGUCAUUGGCCUCCUCCAAUUCAUUCUCCUUUAAUGGAUGGCGAGCAAGAUGCUGUUUCACUUUCAUCCUCUUUGAAACCAUUGACUGGACUUCAAGAUGACGACGAUCAAAACAAAAAAGAAUUUAAUCUAAAUCCAUGGACUUACACCUCUUCUUCUAAUAGCAACCAAUCUCCUCCACCUUCCCAACAAUGAAACAAUGUAUCAGUAAUUGUAGAUUAGUUGUUUAAUUUAUUGUCUUCUUUUUUUUAAAAAAAAAAAAAAAUAUAUAAUAAAAUUGAUUAUUUU